AUGAAGCAGACGUCAGUGGCCGCGGCAUCAGCCGGUGGGGUGCACGAACUCGCGCUGCUGCGGGCCCACGUGUGUCUGCCGGGGGAUCCUGUCCUGCUGCUGGAGCCGACGGCAGUUGUGGCACUCGGCAACGGUCUCCGCCCUAUCCCACAGUCUCUGUCCGGCAACGAGAGUGAAGGUUGUGGUACCGGCUCCGGUGGGGAAGGGAAGAAUAACACUGUUGUCGUUGCAGAGUUCUGUGGGCCGAUGGCGCGCGAAAUGGGGCCAAACCAUGUGUGGCGGUACACAAUCAACGCACCUGCUGUUCGUCGUUACACAUAUGCCCCUAAGGAUCCUGUUGUAGCCAUCGUAGUUAGAAAGACAACGAGCUACUACUUGUGUUACACUGGUGCCGCGUCGUUGGCAGUGCUCGAUGUGCUGAGUUUCGACGGCGCGACGAAGGCGAGUCGUCCACGACUCCAGGAAGGCGACGUUGUGUACGCAUUCGUGAAACCGAGGCCGAGUGGCGAAGAGGCCGGAGACGAAGUGGAGCUGAGCUGCAUGGCCGCUGAGGUCGGACUUGUCGCGAAGGAUUGGACCUCCGCGGAUGCUGUGUUUGGCCCCCUCACGGGCGGCACCGUUGUGCGCGUCUCUUUGCCGCACGCUCGCAGCCUUCUCGCGACUGACGGCGCGUCCCACCUGCUGUCAUUACUGGGAGCGCGCGUGCCAUUUGAGGUGUGCGUUGGCGUCAAUGGGCUGGUGUGGGUGCGCGGGCAGCCGAGCGGCGUCGACCCGACGGCAGGCACGCGGCGGACAGUCGCGGUGGCCUCCUGCAUCGUCGAGGCACAGGACGACGCUACGCCGGAGGAGAUGGAGGACCGCGUGCGCAGCUACUUCCCCAGCGAGUAA